CAACGACGCGUUUUGACGGUUUUUUUCUGAAUCUGCUCUACGCCUCCCUUUCACGGGGACUUCCGAGUCGGCGCUUCUCCGUCGUCGUUUUGACUAAAUCUUCCAAGUUUAUGAGCUAAUUCCGCUAAUUUUUGGAAUUAGCAGCAGUGCUUGUAAUGGACCCUUGUACAACCAAUCCCGGACCAAUUGACCCUUUGGUACUGUAUGAUCAAGAAAAGCAUGUCUCUUCAGCUGUUUGGGAUGGCCAGGAAAGGGGUGCUCUCAGAUGUCAUGAGCACACCUCAAAGUUGGGUGAGUGGAGACUUACUCCCGAACAGAUUGAGUUGGUAGAGAGAGCAGGGUUUGGGUAUUUAAGGAAGAUACCUGCAAUUAGUCUGGACAAUCCACUUAUUUCUGCACUGGUUGAGAGGUGGAGGAAGGAGACGAAUACUUUUCACUUUACUGUUGGGGAAAUGACUGUUACGCUUCAAGACGUUGCAUACUUGUUGGGGUUGGCAAUCGAUGGGAAACCAGUGAUUGGAGUAACACAUACCACUUGUAAUUUGGUGUGCGAAAGGUAUCUAGGGAGAGCACCAGAUUCUAACUAUGCAAGUGGUGGGAUGGUGAAGCUAAGUUGGUUGAAAGAGUUCUUUUCCCAGUGCCCUGAUGACGCACCAAUUGAAGAGAUUGAGUGUCACACUCGUGCUUACCUGCUGUACCUUGUUGGAAGCACAAUUUUCUCAACUACAACAGGGAAUAAGGUCCCUGUUAUGUACCUUCCUUUGUUUGAGGAUUUUGAGGAAGCUGGGAAAUAUGCAUGGGGUGCAGCAGCAUUGGCAUUCUUGUACAGGGCACUUGGCAAUGCCUCAGUUAAAUCUCAAAGCACCAUUUGUGGCUGUUUGACCCUACUUCAGUGUUGGAGUUACUAUCAUCUGAACAUUGGCAGACCAAAGCUCAAUCGGGACCCUGUCCACCAUCAUUUCCCUUUUGUACUUAGGUGGAAAGGAAAACAGAGUGGUCCAACAACAAAUCGUGAUGUAGUGUUUUAUCGAAAGGCACUUGACUCUCUCAAACCAACUGAUGUGGAGUGGCUUCCUUAUAAAUACAUGGAUAGUACAGUAAUUCCAGAAGAUAUCAGAAAUACCUUGUUUUUGGGGAGGUCAAAAACAAUGUUGAUAUGCUUUGAUAAGGCAGAAAGGCACCUUCCUAAUCGCUGUUUGAGACAAUAUGGCAUGCCUCAACCAAUCCCAGAAAACGUGUCACAAUGGGUAAGAAAAAGCCGUGGAGUGGAUGGUGGGGUAGACUUGUCUGGGAAAAUGGAAUCAGAACUUAGUGAAUGGGGUGAUCGUCAUCUGAAUAUUGUGGAAAGUGAUGAUGAAGUAGAUGAAAAUGAAUACAUGCAGUGGUACCUGAGAAUUACUCGUAAAGUUGUAGGAAGGCCUAUUUCUUUGUCAUCUGAGUUUCAGAGAACGAUUUCUGGCUUACGGGAAAUCUCUUACUUAGCAGAGACAUUCUCAAUGAAAGGGUUGGAUCCUGAGCAAUUUGAUUCAAUUUCCAGGAUUAUGUGCAUCGCUCAAGAAUGCUUGAAGGACCAAGUUGGAAGUCCAGUUGUAGCAUCAUCCCCUCCUGCAGCAAGUGAACUUGGGAAAAGGACUAGGGGGAAGGAAAGGGUAAGAAGGAAAGGUUCUGGUAAACGAAGGCGUAGUAAUGACACCAUGGAAGGCAAUGCAGCUAGUGAAGAUGAAUCUCAGUUUUGUGGAGCUUUUGUUGAGGUAGAUCAAUUACAUUUACGUCAGGCAGAAGGUGAGGUUGAUCAUCUCCCACUGUGCAUAACAGCUGGUGAUGGUGACCCUGCACAGCUGUAUGAUGAACCUGACAAGGUAGAAAACAUGCAACUUCGUGAUUCAAUUACUAAUGAGGUUGAUGGGUCACAUAUUUCUCAUGUGGCUGGUGAGAAUGAUCAACAAAUGGUCGAAGUGGAAAUGGAGAUUGUUCCCCAGUCAUCUCAGUUUUGUGAUGCAACCAAUGAUUCUGAGGUUAAUAAUGCAGCUAAUGAGCUAAAUCAUUCAGCCAUUAGUGAUGCAACUAAUGGGGUCAAUGACAAACAGGUCCCUCUUGAAACUGACAAUAUUAAUGAAUCACAAAUUCAUGACAUAGCUGAUAAGGUUAAUGAUCCACAGCUCCCUGCUGUUACUAUUGUGAAUGAUCAACAAGCAAAAAUAGAGGAAGAAGACAUUAUUCAACCUCCAUGUCUUGAAAACACUGAGGAUCUUGGAGAUCAGGGUGAUAAUAGUGUUGCAGCAUAAAAUGGAAGCAUUGUUUGAUGUUUUAUGUGGCAACUGAAGACUGAGGGUGCCAGUCUUCUACAGGUGGCAAAGGAAAUGGAUUCAUCUAAAGAAGUAAUCUAGUGCUUAAUGUUCGAGUUUUCAAAUAUGCCUGGGCUAUUUCUGUGGCAUCAUUUUUGCUUGUCCAAUUUGUUUCCAUUAUUCUAGGUACAAUCAGAAGUUAAAUUAUGUUCAGAUGACUCAGUUUUCUAGGGAUCAGGAUUUAGAAUUGACAUGUUUUCCAUUCUUCUAUUUUGCUACUUGCAUGCUUACUGUAAAUCCCUUUAUAUUUUGAAGUUCCUUGUAUAAAUAUUUGAACUGGGUGUUUGAUUUUGGUAUUGGCAUUCAAGAAGUUUAGAUGACAUUUCAGCAAUCUGGCAUU